AUGGUUCAAAGAGAAAAAGCACAUGAUGACUUUGAAGGAGGCUGCCUGGCUGAGGUGAUGGGAUCACCUAGAGACGGGAAAAGCUUUCUGGCAGUGCCUGAGCCUCUACUUGGUGUUCAACACUGGCUGCACUUAUGGAGACCACAGACAAAAGAUGGAAACAGCCUCCACCGGCAUGGGGAUCAGGUGUGGGGCAAACACAGGAGACAAAGCGGUCUGAAGUCACCUGCCCUGUCUGGACAUUCCAUCGACUACCACUUUUACCCACGACUUCGAUGUGGCAUACUCAUUGGACCAGAUAAGCAAGCAGUGGCAAGUGGAUUGGAGGUCUUGGUAACCAGUUCAACCAAAAUCCUGGAACAGCUGUUCCCUGAUGCGGCAUACUUCCUAGAAGAAGCAAGUGAAUUUAAAGCGGGGUGA